AUGAAGACCUCUCUUCAAAGUCAUCAACAACAUGCUUACGUUUAUCAACCUCAAUAUACUUAUCGACAACAAACUUACCAACACUUGGCACCUACUCCUCAACAAUAUUCUUAUCACCACGCACCUCAACCAAUGCGUCGAGCGAUAGCACCUGCUUAUUACGCGUCUUCGUACGGACGUUCUUUGCCAAGUAAGAAUAUUCAUGCGCCCACAACAAUCAUUUCAAACAGUUCUUAUACACAAGCUCCACGAAGGGUUACGCGACAUAUGUCGGAAACAAUAAAUAUGCAAUACAACAUGAAUGCAAAAGCCAACUUGCCAAAAAAAAAAUUUUGUAGCACUUAUUCAAGUCGUUUAAAGCAAGGGCAUACCGCUUUAGUUUUACCAAUGAUAAAGGGAGGGAAAAAACGACAACGUGGUGGAGGCCACGGCUCUCUUGCUGAAGACUCCGAUGACGUAGCAGACUUAUUUGAGGACGAGGUUAUAAAUAUAUCAUCAUCGGAAAAACGUGUUGCGACUGGUCUCGCUACUGAUGUUCCUGUUGUGAAUAGAGUUAGAAGUAGAACCAAACACGUAUACAAUUCUCAUAAAGAAUUGGAACGCAAUGCAGAACAGAAAGAAAUUCUAAUUCCAAUAAAAUUAGAUUUUGAUAUUGGAACUCAUAAGUUGCGUGACACAUUUACAUGGAAUCUUAAUGAAAAAUUGAUCACACCCGAACAUUUCGCGGAAAUAAUGUGUCUAGACUUGGAUCUUCCAUCUUCUGAAUUUGUUGCAACCAUUGCAGAUUCCAUUCGCAAACAAAUUCAAGAAAAUGAAAUGAUGACUGAUUGCAAUUCACCAAAAGAUGAUAGUAGACUUGACAUAAAUGUUGGGAAGCUUAGCCUUCGUGAUAGAUUCGAAUGGGAUCUUAGUUCAGAUUUGACACCUGAAGAAUUUAGUAAAUAUUUAGUGUCAGAUCUUGGAAUUGGUGGAGAAUUUGUAACGUUAAUUGCACAUAGCAUCCAUGAACAAUUGUUAAAAUAUAAAAAGGAAAUAAAAUCUGACGAUUCUGAUAAUGAACAUGAACCAUUGAAAUCAGUCUUUCGUAAUAUCGAAGAUGUUGAUGAGUGGUGUCCCGUCUUAGAGAUACUGACUGAAGAAGAAUUAGAAAAAAUAAGAUUGGAUAAAGAGAGAGAUAUAAGACGAAUGCGUAGAGCAACAUCACGUAGCAUUGCAAGAAUUAGACCAACAAGAACAUCAUUACAAAAUGGUAUUAGUUUUUCUCCUGGAUCACCAACAUCAAGAAUGAGAAGUGAUCUCAAAGCUACAAAAUUGUCAGUUGAAGAAUUAGUUCAUUGGCGAUGUCAACAUUGUGGAAUUGAUGGUCAUAACACACCAUUAGUGAGGAAAGGUCCGGGUGGUGGCAAGACCCUUUGCAAUGCAUGUGGUUUGGUAUGGUUAAACAAAGGUGAAUUACCACUUCACCGAAAAGCAUUGUUCAAAAAGGAUGAUGAUUGA